UUUCUCGGCUCCUGGCCGGCGCGCGCGUUUGGCGGGCCCGCGCUCUGCGGCUCUCGUCCUUCCCGGUGACUUUCCCUCCUAGCUCCUGGCCUGUCUCCGCAGAAGUCACAGGAGGCAGAGGGGUCGGGCGGCAGCUUGGAGCGGCGGCUGAAGGGUCCCGGGAAAGCGACGGCAGCGCGUGGCGGACCCAAGGGAGACACCGCGAGCUGCCGCGCGCCCACCGUGAGGUGCAGGACUCGGAGCCGCCCAGCCGGCGCGCGCCCUACUCCCUCCGCCCUCCUCCCUCCGCCCCCGCCGCGCCUCCCCCUCCUCCCGCUCCUGCCUAGGCUGCUCCGCCGCGCGCCUCGCACUCGGAGAGCCGCAGCGGCAGCGGCGCGUCUCGCCUGCUGAGAGCCAGCCGGGGCUGGGGGACGCCGAGCCGCCGGGAGGACGCCAGGGCGCGCGCCGCACUCACCCACGCGCUCAUCCUCCGCGGCUGUUGACCAGCCACCAUGGCUCGCGGGAAAGCCAAGGAGGAAGGCAGCUGGAAGAAAUUCAUCUGGAACUCGGAGAAGAAGGAAUUUCUGGGCAGGACAGGUGGAAGCUGGUUUAAGAUCCUUUUGUUCUACGUGAUCUUUUAUGGCUGCCUAGCUGGCAUCUUCAUUGGAACCAUCCAAGUGAUGCUGCUCACCAUCAGUGAACUGAAGCCCACGUACCAGGACCGGGUGGCUCCGCCAGGAUUAACACAGCUUCCUCAGAUCCAAAAGACUGAAAUUUCCUUUCGUCCUAAUGAUCCCAAGAGCUAUGAGGCCUAUGUGGUGAACAUCGUUAGGUUCCUGGAAAAGUACAAAGAUGCAGCCCAGAAGGAUGACAUGAUUUUCGAGGAUUGUGGCAGUAUGCCCAGUGAACCCAAGGAGCGAGGAGACUUCAGUCAUGAACGGGGAGAGCGAAAGGUCUGCAGGUUCAAGCUUGACUGGCUGGGAAAUUGCUCUGGACUAAGUGAUGAAACUUACGGCUACAAAGAGGGCAAGCCCUGCAUCAUCAUCAAGCUCAACCGAGUUCUGGGUUUCAAACCUAAGCCUCCCAAGAAUGACUCUUUGGAGCCUUCCCCAACAUUGAAGUAUAAUGCAAAUGUCCUGCCUGUUCAGUGCACUGGCAAGCGAGAUGAAGAUAAGGAUAAAGUUGGAAGCAUAGAGUAUUUUGGAAUGAGUGGAUUUACUGGCUUUCCCCUGCAGUAUUAUCCCUACUACGGCAAACUCCUGCAGCCCAAGUACCUGCAGCCUCUGCUGGCCGUACAAUUCACCAACCUCACCAUGGACACUGAAAUUCGCAUUGAGUGUAAGGCGUAUGGUGAGAACAUUGGGUACAGUGAGAAAGACCGUUUUCAGGGACGCUUUGAUGUAAAAAUUGAAGUUAAGAGCUGAUCACAAGCACAAAUCUUUCCCACUAGCCAUUUAAUAAGUUAAAAAAGAUACAAAACCUACUAGUCUUGAACAAACUGUCAUACGUAUGGGACCUACACUUAAUCUCUCUGCUUUACACUAGCUUCUGCAUUUAAUAGGUUAGAAUGUAAAUUUAAAGUGUAGCAAUAGCAACAAAAUAUUUAUUCUACUGUAAAUGACAAAAGAAAAAUAAAAAUUGAGCCUUGGGACGUGCCCAUUUUUACUGUAAAUUAUGAUUCCAUAACUGACUUGUAGUAAGCAGUGUUUCUGGCCCCUAAGUAUUGCUGCCUUGUGUAUUUUAUUUAGUGUACAGUACUAUAGGUGCAUACUCCGGUCAUUUUUCAAGCCAUGUUUUAUCAUAUCUGUUUUCUACUUUAUGUGAGCAAGGUUUGCUGUCCAAGGUGUAAAUAUUCAAUGGGAAUAAAACUGGCAUGGUACUUUUUCCUUUUCUCUUUUUUGUUUGGCUCUGAAAUUUCAAAGAUACUGGCCCAUCAUGAGCAUUUUUAACACACUUCAUAGUCUUAUCCUGUGGUACUGGGUCUUUUAUUUUUUUUUUCUUUAUUUCCUGGGGGUGGGGGGGUGGGCUGUCAUGGGGGAACUGCCCUUUAAAUUUUAAGUGACACUACAGAAAAACACAAAAGGUGAUGGGUUGUGUUGUGCUUCUUGCCGAGUGCUGUCUUGCCACUUUUUCCCUCGUCCUCCGGUGUGUUCUGAAGCUGUGUCUGAGAUCUGGAUCUGCCUGUCACUUUGACUAGUGAUGGGGCUAAUUAAUUUGCUUUGUACAUUUUCUUUUCCUUUUUUCCUUUCUCUGGAGGCAUCACACGCUGGUGCUGUGUCUUUAUGAAUGUUUUAACCAUUUUCAUGGUGGAAGAAUUUUAUAUUUAUGCAGUUGUACAAUUUUAUUUUUUUCUGCAAGAAAAAGUGUAAUGUAUGAAAUAAACCAAAGUCACUUGUUUGAAAAUAAAUCUUUAUUUUGAACUUUAUAAAAAGCAAUGCAGUACCCCAUGGACUGGUGUUAAAUGUUGUCUACAGUGCAAAUCCAUGUUCUAACAUAUGUAACAAUUGCCAGGAGUACAGUGCUCUUGUUGAUCUUGUAUCAGUCAGGUUAAAACAAUGGACAAUAAAAGAAUGAACACAUUC